CCAAAUAGAAGAUCAAUGGGGAAAUGGCAAUGUAUGCAACUCAGUUGAGGAGAAGUACCAGAUUGUUAGAACCAUAAACAAAAUCGGGCAUCUACCUUGUCUAGCUCUGGAAGAAGCCCACUGCCAACCAACUGACUAAACCCUGCAUCCUCCUUCCUUCAUUUCGACUAAUAAGUUACAGAAUAUCAACCAAAAUUUCCUAAGAAUGAAGGUGGAAACAGACCGAACAGCUGAGUUUUCUUUUGUUACAACAAAUGAUCGGACUACUAUUUCAAACCCUCAGAUGCCGCUCAAACUUCCGUAUUUUCAGUGCUACCAUCCCUGGGUUUGGAUCAUUGAGCCAAUCUAAAAUUUCUCGCAUAAAUAAUGUUAUGCAUGCUUCAAGGUUAUCGGUUGCUCAGCCACAGAUUCACAGAGACAAUGUUAGCUUUUUGGAUAUCAGUGAGGAUAUUUAUACAUUAUGUAAACAGGGUAAGUUGACGGAAGCCCUUCACAUUUUGUAUGAGAUGGACCAACAGGGGAUUUGGCUUGGUUGUAGAACCUACAGUAAUCUGUUACAAGAAUGUGCAAAACUGAAAUCGGUGGCAAAUGCCAAACUUCUUCAUGCCCACAUUAUUGGUUCAGGAGACAAAACGGAUAUUUAUAUAGACAAUGGUCUGAUUAACAUGUAUAGCAAAUGUGGAGAUGUAAUGUCUGCACGCCUAGUGUUCGACCAAAUGCUUGAAACAGAUAUCGUUUCCUGGACUUCCAUGAUUGCAGGAUAUGGUCAGAAUGAGCGCAAUGAAGAUGCAUUGAAGCUUUUCUGCCGAAUGCUGUGUGCAGGAAUAAAACCAGGUCUGUUCACUUUCACUGCAGUCCUGCGGGCUUGUUUGAGCCACAUGGCUUUUGGAUUGGGGAAGACGGUUCAUGCCCUGGCUGUGAAAACUGGGAUGGAAUUGGAUGUCUCUGUAGGCAAUGGCCUUGUUGUUCUGUAUGCUAAGUGUAUGAAAAUAGAGGAUGCACGCCAAGUGUUUGAGGAAAUGAACGAACGAGAUUCUGCAUCAUGGAACAUCAUGAUUGUUACUUAUGCGCAGCAUGGCUUUGAAAAAGAAGCUUUAAAUCUGUUUUGUGUAAUGCAGCAUGAAAAUAUAACGCCAACCCAUAUCUCCUUUGUUAGUAUUCUCACUAUUUGUGCUAGUUCUGGAGCUCUGCAAGAAGGGAAGCAAAUCCAUGCCCACAUCAUCAAGAAAGGAUUUGAAUUACAUACGUUUGUGCUGAAUUUGCUUGUCACUAUGUAUUCAAAGUGUGGAAGCCUAGAUGAUGCUCGUAAUAUGUUUGAUAAAAUGCCUGAACGAGACAAGAUUGCAUGGACUGCAAUGAUUGCAACGUAUGCCCAAAAUGAUUAUACUAAGGAGGCCUUGGAACUCUUUGUUCAAAUGCAAGAGGCAGACAUGAAGCUGGAUGAGGUCACUUUGGCCACUGUCCUCACUGCAUGCGGUAGUCCAGAAACUCUGCAGCACGGGAAAGAGAUGCAUGCUUAUAUGGUGAAGGUUACUGUUGAGCCAGGGAUUUAUGGUGAAAAUGCUCUUGUUACCAUGUAUGGAAAAGCUGGAAGCAUAGAGAGUGCAAGAAAAGUUUUUGACAGAAUGCAGAAUAGAGACAGAAUCUCAUGGAAUGCAAUGAUUGCAGGAUACUGGCAGACUGGAAAUGACGAGGAAGCCCUUAAGCUGUUUCAACUAAUGCUACAGACAGGCAUGGAACUCGAUCACAUUACCUUUACUUGUGUCCUUGGAGCAUGUGCCAACCUAGAAGCACUGGAAUGGGGCUCACUUGUCCACGCCACCAUAAUAAAAGUCGGGUGUGCAUUGAACGUCCCUGCUAGUAAUGCUAUCAUUACCAUGUAUGCAAAAUGUCGAAGAAUAGAGGCUGCACAAAAAAUGUUUCAAACAUUGAGUUCUCGAGAUUUGAUCUCAUGGAAUGCAAUGAUUACAGGGUAUGAACAGAAUGGGUAUGGUGAGGAUGCCCUGAAAUUCAUGUGCCAAAUGCAGAGAUUAGGUAUGAAAUCCAAUGUAUAUACUUUUAUCAGUGUUUUAAGUUCGUGUGCAAGUCUAGCAGCCCUUGAACAGGGCAAACAGGUUUGUGCCUGCAUAAUUAAAACUGGAUUUUACUCGGAAGUAUCUGUAGGGAAUACGCUUGUUACUAUGUAUGCUAAAUGUGGGAAAAUUGAGGAUUCACGCAUGGUUUUUGAUAAAAUGGCUAACAAAAAUGUGAUCACAUGGAAUGCAAUGAUUGCACGGUAUGCCCAGCAUGGGUAUGGCAUGGAAGCCCUUCGCCUUUUUGAGGAAAUGCAGAGUCUAGGCAUCAAACCUGACCAAAUUACCUUCAUUGGUGUUCUCUCUGCAUGCAGCCAUGUAGGUUUACUGGAUGAAGGUCGGUGUUACUUUAAUUCAAUGAGAUGUGACCAUGGUAUCACACCAACAGUAGAGCACUAUGCCUGCAUGGUUGAUCUCUUUGGUCGGGCUGGACGCCUAGAAGAGGCAGAGGAGUUCAUCCAAAAAAUGCCAUUUCCUCCUGGUGCUUUGAUGUGGCGGACCUUGCUUGGUGCAUGUCGAAUUCAUGGCAACAUUGAGAUGGGAGAGCGGGCAGCAGAGCAUCUCCUUGAAGUGGAACCGCGAGAUGCAGCAAGCUAUGUGCUGCUAUCGAACAUUUAUGCUUCUGCUGGGAGAUGGGAUGAUAGAGCAAAAGUUAUAAAAAUGAUGAAAGACAGGGAUUUGAAGAAGGAACCGGGACGCAGCUGGAUUGAAGUCAAGAAUAGGAUACAUUCAUUUGUUACCGAAGACAGAUCACAUCCACAAACAACAGAUAUCUAUGCGAAGUUGGAUGAUUUAAUGAGUAAAAUAAAGCAAGUGGGGUAUUUGCCUGAUAUGAACUUUGUGUUGCAUGAUGUUGAAGAAGAGAAGAAACACUAUUCUCUUUGCCACCACAGUGAGAAGCUUGCAAUUUCCUUCGGGCUUAUCAGCACACCCUCUGGGACAUCCAUCAGAAUCAUGAAGAACCUUCGUGUAUGUGGUGACUGUCACACCGCAACCAAGUUCAUUUCCAAGAUCGUUGGUAGAGAAAUUAUCUUGAGGGAUUCUAACCGAUUCCAUCAUUUUAAGGAUGGCCUGUGUUCAUGUAGAGAUUAUUGGUGAUGCUAACAUCAUAUUGAUUCAAAGAAAAUAGUACAAUAUUUUAAAAAAUCUGGAAAAAAAUGGGUAAUAGAAAGGUACACCCAAGAUUUCAGGCUUCAAUUUUAUGCAUAAUUACAUUUUGGGCUUUGAUUCAUUUAGUGUUCUGAAAGGAAUGCACCAAAGUCCACACAUUGUUGAGGAGAUAAAUGGCCUAAACGAGCAUUGAUUUUGGUCUGAUUGCCUCCAGCGGAGAGAUUCACUUUGACACAAAUAUGGUUCAUUCUUUUUGCAGUAUACUAGUGUAAUAUCCUGUUUAGAGGGUGAUAGAAAGGUACACCCAAGAUUUCAGAAAAAAGUUUUAGCUUUAAUUCAAUGGAUAAUUGUAUUUUGGGCUUCUAUUCAUUUAGCAUUCUGAAAGAAAUGCACCAAAGUGCACACAUUGUUGAGGAGGUCAAUGGCAUAAACGAGCAUUGAUUUUGGUCUGAUUGCCUUCCGCUGAUACAUUUUCCAUGACACAAAUAUAGUUCAUUCUUUUUGCAGUAUAACUAGUGUAAUAUCCUAUUUUGAGAUCUUUUAUGAUGCCUUAUUGAUUGUAACUUGGGCAUG